GCCAAAUGCGCAAAUAUUUGGCAAUAUAGUAGCUGACUUACUGUCAAAAUUUAAGUUUCUUCGCGUGAAGGUUAUACGCAGGUUUCAGAAGAAUGAAUACUGUAGCAGGAGAAAAUGAAGAUUCUUGGACCGAUACUAGCUACAACAGCGAUGACGAUGGAAAAUUCCAAGCGAACAAAUCAUGUGGAACGGUUUUGGCUGGCCUAGAAAGCGUAAUUGAAAUGUGCACACCUACAGAAUCAUCCUGUUCCCAUAACGCAAGCGGAAACCGAUAUAUAAAUAAAGUUACUAUGACGUCGUAUAUUAUACCUACGCCAAAUCCAUGUUCACCUAAACUUUGUUCAUGCGAAUCGACCAGGAAUACUACACAUUUUUACACGAAGUCUGUGCAAACUUCUUCACCGACAUACGAAAUGGCUGCCGGUUCCGUUGAAGAUCCUCAGUUAUCGGUAGCAAUACAAAGUGACAUUCAAUCAUCUGAAAGUUCGAGUUCGACAAUAGCGUCCAGUGAAGCGACGCAAAGUUAUACGACAAUAACAGAAGCAACACAGACAACUGUAUCAUCCGCCACUAGAGACCUCAAGACUGUGACACUGGUUGACAAUGAAGGAAACAGGUAUAGUCUUAGCCGACACCGCGACAGAGAACCGUCACUACCAGCAACGGUGUCGACAGUCUCUACAAACACCGCAAAAGUAAUUCACAUAUCUUUGGGAACAGGUGGGUUAUGCCCCUUUUACACGGAUGGAGAGUCGUGUAGAAUAUGCUGCGAUACUAACUCGGAUAAUCCAAAGCGUCCAGAAAAAGACGUCCAGGCAACCCCCGAGCGUAGAGCUUCAAAGCCAGAAAAAGAGUGCAACACUAAAUCAUGUGCGCAAAAGUACAAGCACAGGUCCACAAUCAUAAUUCCAAGCCAAACGAAACCGGAUCAUUUGUUAAUGAAGUUGGAACACUCCCAAACAAUUUGCAAGUGUGCCUCUCGAUCAUCACCGAAUGUAAAGAAUGGUAGCACGCAAACAUCGCCGGAAACAAGCGAAGAUAUCCCACCGGAAAAGAGUAUAGCACUAAGAGGGGUGCUCAAAUCAGCCCUAGAAUUGCUUGACGAUGACCACAACUCUACGACCAAAAGCAUCCAAGCUGUAAAUACCGAUCAGGUUAAGAUACUCAAAGAGGAAGGAACGACCGCCUCCACGCUCCAAGAAAUUGGCGAGCAAACUAAUUUGGAAGACGAAAAUCUGUCAGUCUUACGCGUGUUGCCUAACAAUUCACCAACUCUACUUUCGCCCGUGGCGUCUCCUCACAAAGAAUGGGAUUUGGUUCAUUCCAACUAUGACCCCCUGGACAGUGGCUCAAUACGCAACUCACGCGAGACCAAAUCUUCAUUUCCAAGAAAUGGAACGAAUUUCUCGACGAAAGGCGUAGAGACUCGCAGACCUUGGACAGGUGCACGCUCAACAGAUACAAAUAAUUCUCCGACUGCUAAAAAUCUUUCGACAAAAGAAGAUCCAUUCCAAUAUCGAAACGUAAAGUACCUUGAUUCACCAAAGACUUUAGAUCACUCAUUUGCGACUCAAACAGCUCGUGAAAUGACAGAUUUAGUUCUAAGUUCAGUGGAGGAUUUAAUAGAAACAGAGGCUCCAGUUAGAGAUAACUCACCACGUUCCAAUUCGAUGGAGGAAGAUAUUCCAGUUAAAGAUACUCUUCCAGGCACCAAAACGGUAGUUAUUCUUGAUAAAACCAGGUUAGAUCCACGUCCUAACUACAUUUUACCUGGUCAAGUCCCAUCUACAGCAAAAACAAAUUCAACAUGCGCAGCAAUACAUAGAAAAGUCCACGAUCUAUAUGCUCAUGGAAAUAAAAUUCUUACUAAAAUUAUUUCGCCUCAAGACACUGUCAACUGCCCACGGAAACGCAGCGAGGUCUCCACGCGCGUUGUCUUUCAAAAGGUAGACAUCGACUGCAAUUGCAAAUGUAAAUCGGAUGGCGAUCGCAACAAGCCGAAGAAAAUUCGAUACGCAACGGCUAAGAUAUCAGUAUUUGAAAAUUAUUCGACUUUCGAAAUAUUUAAGUUUUCCAAAUCGAAACCAAAACACAUGUCCUCCACCGUUGAGAAUGUCUUUGUUAUAAAAAAUAAAACCAAAUAA